UAAAUCAGUAAACACCAGGUGGUGUGCUGAGUCCCGAAAGGGACGAGUAUCUCGUUUAGGAGAGGCGAAGGAGAGUGGAAGAGAAGGAGGAGGAGGAGGCGGAAGAGGAGAAGUGGUAAUAACGUGGAUAGCAUCGAGAUCGUUUCCGCGUACCACCCCGCCACACACCACGGUUCUUGGUUGGGAUACACGUCCGUGGUGUUCGCAUAUGCCAGUUCGGAACAGCUUCGGCGGCCGGUAGCGUGAUCUGUACGCGCAAGCGUGACACGGGAUUUACAGCAUGGCGGAGCGCAGGAAAAACAGGAAGCGCAAAGAUGAAGUAGCCAGUUUGGAUACCAAAGGCGCUCAGGACAAACCGUCCAAGGAAGAAUACGCGGUAGCCAAGUGGAUCCGCAGUAAUGUACCGUCAAAGAAGACUAAGUUCGAUAGGACUCACAUUGUUGAGUACUUUACUGGAUCGCGUGCAAUUGAUGCUCUAUUGGAAAAUUCACCUUGGAGCACGGUGUUCGAAAACCGUGAGCAGGUCUCCCAGUUCUUGAACCUGAUGCUCAGUCACAAGUUCUUUCACAGAGCUAAGAAAGUGGUGAUUUCGGAGGAGGAACUCAACAAAAUACGGGGCAUCAAAAAGAAGACUACGAAAGAAGAUAAAAAAACUACUAAUAAGGAAGAUUCUAAGGAAAACAAAGAUGUAGUGGUAAAGGAAAAGGAAGAGAAAGGCGAAGAGAAAAUCGACGAACGGAAGGAGCAUAAGAAAAAACCAAAAGUAAGACUAGAAAUGCACAUUGAACAAUGCUUUGUGGAUUGUAACGACGCAUAUGUGUGGAUGUACGAGCCGAUUCCUGUGUAUUAUUGGUUCUUUGGUACGCUUGUAGUCUUAGGUGCAAUAGGAGUCUGUCUCUUCCCACUGUGGCCCUUAACUAUCCGUCACGGAGUUUAUUAUAUAAGUGUUGCCGCUGCGGGAUUUCUCGUAUUUAUAUUAGCACUGGUUAUCAUUAGAAUGAUUGUAUUCUGUCUUCUGUGGGUACCGACAUUGGGUAGAUGUCAUCUAUGGCUGCUACCUAAUCUGACAGCUGAUGUUGGCUUCUUUGCGUCCUUCUGGCCAUUGUAUCAGUAUGAAUAUUAUGGUUCCACGUCGGAUGGCGAUAAGAAGGUCAGCAAAAAGAAAAGAAGGAAAGAGAAAGAUUCUGAUUCCGAGGAUGCGCCAUUAAUGCUAGAAGAGAAAGAACCUAUAGCAAUGGAAACGUCUAACGAGACAUCAUCUUUAUCUAGCGAAGAGAGGAAAAUUUUGUCCGAUUCGGCCGAAAGAGAAGACGGCAGUGAGGAAGGUUCGGAGAGCGAAAAAUCUAAUACGAGUCGAGAUUUUGUUAUGGUUUAAAACGUGAAAGCCAGGCAGUAGAUAGCUUCAUGUUUGCUGGGACAAACAGCCGUAUUAAUUGUCGCAUUAAUCAUCACUGAAAUCGAUAUAUGCUUGCGAUUAAUUCGAAUGUCGAAUUCGACGCACGAAUCUAAAAAAAACCGAUCGUAGCAGAUUCUCCACAUUUAAUGCAUUUAAGGAUACGGUCAUGAACGAGUGGGAAAAAUCGAUUGUGACUUUUGCAUGAAUUUAAGUGAACAGAAUUUCCCGUAACUGACAUGAAUGUAAAGUAUUGUCUUUUUAAAAACAGCGUGAUACAAGGCAUAUUUUAUUCUAUACAUGUAUAAAUAUCUAUAUAAACAUAUGUGUGUAAAAUGAAGAAAUCGUGUUAGGCGUAAUUUCGUUAUCAGUUUUCGUUGAAUAAAUUAUGGUACUGUUCGAAGUCUUCAAUCUAUUUCAAUGCGAUCAAUGUCUACCGACAAUGUAGUUAAUAUGCACCGAGUUCUCCCCGUUAGAUGUAAUCUUCGAAUCAAGGGAGAACUAAUUUAGCUGGAAGAGAGGGAAUCUUUACGGGUACAGGACUUGACGUUUUUUUCGUUGUUCGGCGAUUUAGCGCGAGUUCCUUUUUAGCAGAAAUUAGACCCGAUUUUAAAUGAAUGUAUAUU